AUGCAACUGCUUUUUCAGGGCCUAAAGCGGGCAUUCCAAACAGCAUACAGAGUUUUAGCUUUUCUUGGGCAGAAGUCUGGGGACAGGACAAUCCCAGACAAUUUGUGGGCAAGCAAAAACUAUUAUCCAAAGCAAAAUGCCAGGGACUACUGCUUACCCAGCAAUAUCAAAAGAGACAGGAGGUCAGCUGACAAGCUAAGGUCAGCAGGCUCAACCAUUAAGCAGGAGGACAUAUUGUGGGAAGGGACAGACCAGUGCAGUUCAGCUCAACAGCCAAGAAGAGCUCACUGUUUCCAACCCAGACCUCUUCGACUGCCCAAGCCUACAGGUUCCCAAAGUGAUAUCACUUUCCAAGCUGCCUCAGUGGAGCAGCCUCUGGGAACUGUCCAAAAGGACGGUAGUAGCAGAUCAAAGAAAAAUGAAAUCUCCAGCCAGGAGUCUAAGAACUUGCUGACACCAGGAACCAGAGUUCACGCCCAAGGAAGAAACCUACCUGGUUCCCCUGUGAAGAGAACCUGGCACCGACACCUUAAAAAGAAACUCAUGCACGGGGAACAAAACCACCCCAGCUUCUAUAGGGAGAGAACCCCACGCAGUCCUUCUGAGAGGACGCGUCAUAACCGCUCUUGGAGAAGCCAUCGCAGUUCCUCUGAGAGGAGCCACCACAGUCCCUCAGAGAGGAGCCGUCACAGUCCUUCAGAUAGAAGAUUUCGCAGUCCCUCUCGGAGAAAUCAUCUCAGUCCCCGGGAAAGAGGCCAUCACAGUCCCUCUGAAAGGAGCCAUCGCAGUCCCUCUCAGAUAAAUCAUCACAAUUCCUCUGAGAGGAGCCGUCACAGUCCCUCAGAUGGAAGAUUUAGCAGUCCCUCUCGGAGAAAUCAUCAUAGUCCCCUGGAGAGAAGUCUUCACAGUGCUGGCCUUUCCAGCCUUUUUUCCUGCUCAGCCAUUGCCUCCAGUUCCUGCGCCCCCAGCGUGGAAAGGCUUCCAUGUCUCUCUACUGGGGGUGGCCUGUGAGAUUCAUCUGUAAUUUCUCUAAUAAAGCGGCAGUAACUGAU